AUGGCGCUCUCAAAGCGCGGUCAUGACGACGCAGCUGCACUGGAAGAUGCCCCAGUCACUAAGCAACCCAAAUUAUUGCAAGAAUUGGAGCAGACCGGAAUGUUAGAUGUUCCAGGCAACUUUGGCUCUCUUUCCUCAGGACGCCCGAAGCGUGAACGGAAACCUCCCGAGAAGUACUCCGAUGUGACCCCUCAGCCCUCUCCUAGGAAACGGACAACAACAACACCGAAGACGACAGCAAAACGCUCUUCGAGGAAGCCGGCAACGACUACGAAACGCGGUUCGCAAAUCUCAAAAGGACUCAAGAAAAACUCUAAAAUACAAAGUCCCAAAGUCCUGCUAGGCAGCUUCUCACCAGCCAUUGUGCCCAAUCAGGAACCAGAGCAUGAAAGUGAAGAGAGCGAUCUGUCACCGCUACCACCUUCUUUGCUCUUAAGCGCGAUGAUCACGGCUGCUGAUAAGCAGACUCUUCCACUGGACAGGUCAAGUGAAUGCGCUCAAAAUGUGCCAGCACCGCUACCAGCAUCUAGUCAGAAUUUCAUACCAAACACCUCGCAAACCGAAGCCACCAAGUUCCAAACACUUCCAUCACACCCCUCAACGGCUCAGACACCCGAGGAUCCUCUACGCCAGACCCCGCAACAAGCACAUACAGAUAACCAGACAUCGCCAGUGCAACAUGCGUACCUGACCCCCGGUUCGGAGCCCUACCCAAAUAUACAAGUCGCGCACGAGAAUUUAGAUUUGAAGUCUAAUCUAGAACUCAGGGAACAACACACACCCCCUCAGGGUUCAUAUCAAAUAGAGCCGACCCAAGUUUCGCCUUCGACGCCACUUGCAACAGCAUAUGCACGUUCAGAUGCUACGACUGAAUGUGAGGAUAUGGAAUGCUCAUCGCGCCAUGCCUCGUUUCGGGUAGAUGAUGACCUGCAGCAUCUCCGCGCUAUAGCUGAGCAGCUUCUUGGCCAACGUAAUGUAGGGCAAAACAAGCCGGAACCCAUUGGAAAACCAGAAGUGUGGGCAGAAGGGCGACAAGAGCUUUGUGAAACAUUGCACUACUUUCGUAGCUACCAGAGUUCCAGUUACGCCACAGGAGGGUUUGUACGCGGCUUCAUGUUCGACAAACUUGCGCAUGAUCGUGACUAUAUCGAUAGCGAUGUCAUCCUCUCACGAGCAGGUGGGGGUCGAGUGAAAGACAAGGACUCUGGUGAGAUGAAAGCUGGUAGAGACCAGAAAGAAGAUUCGGUCGCUGCAGGUUUGAGGAAUUGCAUGCUCAGUCGCAACCCGGUGGUUAUCAUUACCGGAGUCGACAAUCCACACAUUCCAUCAAAGCCACCACACCAGUAUUGUGUACUUGACCACUUCAAGCCCACACACAUCUGGUCUGAGAAGAGUGGCGGGAACGAGAUGGUGCGAUAUCGGUUCGAGAAGCUCAACACGAAGAAAGAUUCUUGGUGGCGAGCAAAGGACGGCCCAGAUGUUGCCACACUUGGCUCACUACCACCCCCAGUUGAGAGACAAUGUGGCUCAUGUGGCGUGAUAUCCCCGCAAGUAUAUCUGAACGGAUGGAUGUGUCUACGCUCGACUUGCGCAUCAUUUUGGAAACUUAUCACCGCGACACCUGGCCCUGGGAACAGCACCUCCUUGCAAGAGCCGAAUGAAGCGUCUCUCAUCUACGACCCUCGGUUUCUCAAACAGAAGACGCCCUGGGUCAACGACGAUCGCGACUACCCGCUCGUGUCUAACACUGCCGAGCUAUCACCGCACGCUCGGCCGGGUGACAACACAUCUGUCGCAUUCUGGUCUGGGAUAGUUUGUCCUAAAUGCGGAAGCUGUAUCCCACGCAUCAAUUGGACUUGUUGGACGUGUCCCAACACUACUUGCGACUUCGUUCGGUCCCCGCCACACACACUCAUCCCUGCCCUUUCUCUUCGGGACCCAUUCUGGCCCGUGACCGACCUAGAUACACAUUCCAGAGACACAUACUCGCCUCUGAUCGAUCUCAAUGUAUUUCUCAGUCAUGGUUAUCGCAUCAACCGGUUUAAGCUUCCGGGAAUCGAUGGCUUCGUAACUCACAUGAUUGCCAACAAGACCGUAUUAGAGGAAGACGGUGGCCCAGACGCCAUGUUCGAAGAACUCCAACUGACAGACAUCGGACUAGAGCGUCGUUCCAUGCCCAGUGGUCAGCUGAAAGGGCCCAACUACUGCCGCCAAUUCUUGGUAAACUACGGCAUGCCUUAUAAAUUCAUCGCAACGACCGCGUCUCGGUCCUUCGACGGUGCCGCCCGUGCGAUCACUAGCACGCGCAGCCGCUUAAACUGGGCCGCCAAACUCCUUUUCUCCCAGAAAACCGGAAAGAGCAUGCAAGAAGUAGCCGAAGACUGUAAAAGACAAGAAUUCAACGAAGUCCUCGCCCUGGGCUACUUUCAAGGCCAAAAAAUCAACUACCACGAUGACGGCGAAUACGGUCUUGGUCCAACCAUUGCCACCCUUAGUCUUGGUGCGCCUGGCACAAUGCGCAUCCGCAUGAAGGCCCGACAAUACCACGGUAUAUCCUCUAACACAGGCCUCUACGACGAUGCUCCCCCCAUCCCCGGUUGCCAAAAGUACGAGGACCGUCUCGCCCUACAACCCGAACUCGACGCUUUGAAGGAGCUGGUAGACACCAAGCCAUACAACUCGAGGAGGAAGCAGAUACCAAAGGAACUGGAACUUAACAUUAGGGGCCAAGCAAAGGAAGUGCUCACUAUGCAGUUAGGUCAUGGCGACAUUGUGAUGAUGCAUGGUGCCGAGGUGCAACAGUAUUACGAACAUGCUGUUGAGCAUGAGGGUAGUUUACGGUUUGCUCUUACGUGUCGUUAUAUCGAUCCAAAGUCCCUCAAGGAAGAGGACAGGCCUGCGUAUGCGGUGGAAGCAGAUGGGGAGCGGUAUGAUGGUUCGAGGCUUUUGUAA